CGGAAGUGUUCAUAGGCUCUCCGUUGGAAAAUGAUGAAUAUAUUGCGUAAAAGUAUCCCAAACAGACAAAGUUUGUCAGCCUUUUCCAGGAUCUUAGUUGCACGGUAUUCUGAAAAUACUGGCAGUAAAGAAUACAUUGAUGGACUUGUAAAAGACAAGAAACUGGUGGUUUUUAUGAAAGGAACACCUGCAGCUCCAAAAUGCGGAUUUAGCAACGCAGUUGUGCAGAUUCUCGAUUUUCAUGGUGUAAAGCAAUAUGACUCUUUCAACGUUCUUGAAGACGAAGAUCUUCGUCAAGGAAUUAAAGAAUACAGUAACUGGCCCACUAUCCCACAAGUUUUCAUAGACGGUGAAUUCGUUGGAGGAUGUGAUCUUAUGUUAGAAAUGCACAAAAAUGGCGAACUUGUGGAUGAAUUACAAAAAGUUGGAAUAAAGUCCGCUUUAUUAGACAAAAAGGAUGAGGGAUCAUAACUCAAUUAUACAGUUUUAUCAUAUUGUCUAUGAGAUUUUCUGAUGCUAUAAAAAUUAAAUUGUAACACAGAGAU